UCUUGAAUUAAAAACGGAUGAAAUACUCUAAUGCUCAUAAUCCCUUACAUCAAAAAUAAUUACACAAUACUUAAAAGAAAGAAAAAAACAAAUAAAUUAAAUAUCAUACAUCUAGAUCAAACACUUCAAAUUAGCAUAAUAGGGACCAAAAAUCUCAAAAGCCAAACUAAAAGAUUGAAUGUUGCUCAUGUUUCUGUUUUGGUUGCAGCAAAAGAAAUUCUACAAGGAUUAAAAAACCAAGAACACCUCAAGUUAAGGGGGAACACUAUUAUGUCAAUUAUACUAAUAAAACGAGUGAAUCAAAUUAAGCCAUAAGUACUCCUAUUUUCUUAUUUAGAAUAAUAUUCUAUUGCAAAAUCCCAAUCUAGAUGCAUUUAACAUCAGAUAAGACAUCAUUAAAGUGAAUAGAGAAAAUAAAAUAUACAGCAUAAUUGUUGUAAGAUUAACCAUCUGGCCAAUCCAAAACUCUCAUAAGCUAUAUCAUAAUAUUCUGAAUCUGCGAAACAAUAUACACAAAGGGAGUAUCUUUAAAUUUAACAACAACUGUAAAAUUAUUGUGAUGCUAAGAAGCGCUAUUCUUCAACAAAAGAAUAAAAGCAAAAAGACUCAUUAAGAACACAUAUGUAAAAAGUAUUUAUGUUUAUUAUCAAAGAAGAUUGAAGAGGGUAAACUUGGACAAGCCAAAGGAUAAAAGUUAAGUUAAUUAUAUAAAGAGCUAACAAAGAAACAGAUGAUAAAAUACAGAAGCACUUCUAAUUAAAAUAAAAUUUAAGUAUAAUAAGAAUAAAAUCAUAUGAAUUACAAAACAAUUGAAAAGGGAAAGCAAAUCACAAAAGUUGGCUAAUAAGAAAAGGAUAAGAAAAAAUUCAAAUAAGUACUAGACAUAUUUAAAAAGAAUAAAAUGCAAAACAAUAUUAUCAAAAACAAUUAUGAUAUUUUAUAGAAUAACCCUGAACAAAAUUAAAUUGAAAAUAAAGUAUCUUCCUAAUAAAAAAUAUUUGAAUCUAAGUCAAUAGAGAAAACUUUCAAAAAUAAUCAACCACAUCAACUUGUUGAGUUAAAAUGA